GAAUUCACGUUCAGUUUAUCGAGAGAAGACGAUGCCCGAUUCGUUUAUUCGUUAACGUUGCGACGAGCAAACUUUGAUUCGAUACGUCAAGAGCAAGAUUUGGUGUGCGAUUUCGAUACGUUUCCAAAAAUGAUCGCCGAUUUUGUGAAUGAUUUGCAACGGUGUUCGUCAAGCGCUUAUGUGAAAGGAACAAUUGCAGAUGAUAAAUCCACAUUCAGGUCGUUUCCGAAUCUUGUGAAUAUGUCGUCAGAUUUUAGUAUUAUAAUGAAAGCAUUUCUUAAAACAAAGUAA